UUCCUUCCUCUUCCUUUUCUCCUCUCUCUGCUGGGCUUCUCCUUGGAGCUCUGGAGGCGGGCUGGCUCUGGAGCCCAGCCGGGGGCCUGGAGGCCGGGCUGGGCUUGCCCUGCUCCUCGGCUCGGCUCUUUGGCUGGGCCUCCAUGGCCGCCUAGCAUCGUUGUCCUCGCUGCCUGGGAGUCGCCUUGGCCAUGGGGCCCCCGCCGGGGCUGCUGCUGCUGCUGCCAUCGCUGCUCCUCCAUCGCAGGCUUUUGUUGCUGAUGGCGCUGAGGAUGCUGCCCUCCGCCGAAGCCCUGGAAGAAACGCUGAUGGACUCCACCACUGCGACAGCAGAACUAGGUUGGACGGUGCAUCCGCCUUCGGGGUGGGAAGAAGUGAGUGGCUACGAUGAGAACAUGAACACGAUCCGGACUUACCAGGUUUGCAAUGUCUUUGAAUCCAGCCAGAACAACUGGCUGAGGACCAAAUACAUUCGCCGGAGGGGGGCUCACCGCAUCCAUGUGGAGAUGAAGUUUUCCGUAAGGGACUGCAGCAGCAUCCCUAACGUUCCUGGAUCUUGUAAGGAGACCUUCAACCUUUACUAUUACGAGUCCGACUACGACGCUGCUACCAAGACAUUUCCCACCUGGAUGGAGAACCCUUGGAUGAAAGUCGACACCAUUGCUGCUGACGAGAGCUUCUCCCAGGUAGACCUUGGGGGACGGGUGAUGAAAAUCAACACCGAGGUGCGUAGCUUUGGACCUGUCUCCAAGAAUGGGUUUUACCUGGCCUUCCAGGACUACGGAGGUUGCAUGUCCUUGAUCGCCGUCCGCGUCUUCUACCGCAAGUGCCCACGCAUCAUCCAGAAUGGAGCCAUUUUCCAGGAGACACUCUCUGGAGCUGAGAGCACUUCGUUGGUUGCCGCCAGGGGCACUUGCAUUCCCAAUGCCGAAGAGGUGGAUGUACCCAUCAAAUUGUACUGCAAUGGAGAUGGGGAAUGGCUGGUGCCCAUUGGGCGCUGCAUGUGCAAGCCGGGUUACGAAUCGGUGGAGAACGGGACAGUCUGCAAAGGUUGCCCGUCUGGGACGUUCAAAUCCAGCCAAGGGGAUGAGGGUUGCGUCCAUUGUCCCAUCAACAGCCGGACGACGUCGGAAGGAGCCACCAACUGCAUCUGUCGCAACAGCUACUACCGUGCAGACUCCGAUCCGCUGGACAUGCCUUGCACCACCAUUCCAUCCGCCCCGCAAACGGUCAUCUCCAGUGUGAAUGAGACUUCUCUGAUGCUGGAGUGGAGCCCGCCGAGGGACUCCGGUGGCCGCGAGGACCUUGUCUACAACAUCAUCUGCAAGAGCUGUGGCUCUGGCCGUGGCGCUUGCACCCGUUGCGGGGACAACGUUCAAUUUGCCCCGCGCCAGCUGGGUUUGAUGGAGCCCCGGGUCUACAUCAGCGAUCUCCUGGCCCACACCCAGUACACCUUUGAGAUCCAGGCUGUGAAUGGCGUCACCGACCAGAGCCCUUUCUCACCCCAGUUUGCCUCCGUCAACAUCACCACCAACCAGGCUGCUCCUUCGGCUGUGUCCAUCAUGCACCAGGUGAGCCGAACUGUGGACAGCAUCACCCUUUCAUGGUCCCAGCCCGAUCAACCCAAUGGAGUCAUCCUGGACUAUGAGCUUCAGUAUUAUGAGAAGGAUCUGAGCGAAUUCAAUGCUACCGCUGUCAAGAGUCCCACCAACACUGUGGCGGUGCAGGGCCUCAAAGCUGGCACCAUUUAUGUCUUCCAAGUGCGAGCGCGCACGGUGGCUGGCUAUGGACGCUUCAGCGGCAAGAUGUACUUCCAGACCAUGACUGAAGCCGAGUAUCAGACCAGCAUCCAGGAGAAGCUUCCCCUCAUCAUUGGCUCCUCGGCAGCAGGGCUAGUCUUCCUCAUUGCCCUGGUGGUCAUCGUCCUUGUAUGCAACAGUCCAUCUGCCUCCCGCUCAGCACGAUGCUCUCCUUCCAGAAGACGAGGAUUUGAGCGCACAGACUCCGAGUACACCGACAAGCUCCAGCAUUACACCAGCGGCCACACAGUGACGCCUGGCAUGAAGAUUUACAUUGACCCUUUCACUUACGAGGAUCCCAAUGAAGCCGUCAGGGAAUUUGCAAAGGAGAUUGACAUCUCAUGUGUCAAAAUUGAGCAGGUGAUUGGUGCAGGAGAGUUUGGCGAGGUAUGUAGCGGCCACCUGAAGCUUCCAGGCAAGAGAGAGAGCUUUGUGGCCAUCAAGACACUGAAGUCAGGCUACACGGAGAAGCAGCGGCGGGACUUCCUGAGCGAAGCCAGCAUCAUGGGCCAGUUUGACCACCCCAACGUCAUCCACCUGGAAGGAGUUGUCACCAAGAGCACCCCCGUCAUGAUUGUGACGGAAUUCAUGGAGAACGGUUCCCUGGACUCCUUCCUACGGCAAAAUGAUGGGCAAUUCACCGUGAUCCAGCUAGUGGGCAUGCUGCGAGGCAUUGCCGCCGGCAUGAAGUACCUUGCCGAUAUGAACUAUGUCCACCGCGAUCUGGCUGCACGCAACAUCCUUGUCAACAGCAAUUUGGUGUGCAAGGUCUCCGACUUCGGCCUCUCCCGGUUCCUGGAAGAUGACACUUCAGACCCAACUUACACUAGUGCCCUGGGUGGAAAGAUCCCCAUCCGUUGGACAGCCCCGGAAGCCAUCCAGUAUCGGAAGUUCACUUCUGCCAGCGACGUGUGGAGCUAUGGUAUAGUCAUGUGGGAGGUCAUGUCCUAUGGGGAGCGACCAUACUGGGACAUGACCAAUCAAGAUGUCAUCAAUGCCAUUGAGCAAGAUUACCGAUUACCACCGCCCAUGGACUGCCCCAGCGCCCUGCACCAGCUCAUGUUGGACUGUUGGCAAAAGGACCGCAACCACAGACCCAAAUUUGGACAGAUCGUCAACACUUUGGACAAGAUGAUCCGAAACCCGAACAGUCUGAAAGCCAUGGCCCCCCUUUCCUCUGGGAUUAACCUCCCUCUACUAGACCGCACGAUCCCAGACUAUUCCAGUUUCAACACGGUAGACGAGUGGCUCGAGGCCAUCAAGAUGGGACAGUACAAGGAAAGCUUUGCCAACAGCGGCUUCACCAACUUUGACACGGUUUCCCAGAUGACUAUGGAGGACAUCCUGCGAGUGGGGGUCACGUUAGCAGGGCACCAGAAGAAAAUCCUCAACAGUAUCCAGGUGAUGCGGGCCCAAAUGAACCAGAUCCAGUCGGUGGAGGUUUGAGAAUGCGACCCUGGCGCACACUUCUUCCUCGCGGCCUGUUCCCAUUUUGUCCCUGUGUGUCUAAGCACUUGGUGGGCCUUAUGUUCCCCCUGCAGAGACGGCAGCCAUGGGGAAGGGAUGGCCUCCAGGCAAAGUUGCUGCGGACUUUGAGAAUCCAGACAGGGGGGCAAAAGGGAAUGGUGAAGACUCUUGUUUAGAAGGAUUUUUUUUAAAAGAAGAAGAAAGGGGGAAAAGAAAAAUGAAAUGGAACAGCAAUGGCCUUCACUCCAAAGGCUCUGAGAUGAACAAACAGGUUGGGGAAGGAUCUGGAGCAAUUCCCCCUCUUCCUUUUGCAAUGGUCCACCUGCCUUCUGGAGCACCAAGUGGAUCAGAAGGUUUGGGUGGCCCAGGGGUCAGGUUGGCAAACCGCAUGCCCUUCUGAGCCUCGCAGGGCAUGCCCCCCUCUCCACAAAUGCCAGCAUCUCUACAGCUUGAACUGAUAAAGGGGACGAGAGUCAGGAAACGUUCCCCGCGGAUUGGGUCAGCCGUGUCUUGAUAACAAGGGACCUAAGAGAUCAUCAUGGUUUUUAGACUUGUUUUCAUUUGAAGGACUGGAAUCAGAAGAAGAAGCUUCCCCUGCUCCACCCAAUGCUUCUUCUUCCUGCGGAUGAACAAGAACUUUUGUCACACUGUGGAAGGGAAAGCUUGGGGGCAGUUUUGGUCUCUUUUGCACUGGGACCAUUUCCGGAAUGGCGCUUCCCAGAGGUUCUGCCCCCUGCACCUCCGAGCGGCGGUUCCUACAUAUCAUUAUGCACAAGACAUUCACAAGGCCUCACGCAUUGCCAGGGGCCUGACCCCAGCAGACAUCUUGCCCCCUCCCCUUGUGUCAUGCAGUAUGUUGUAGAGUUGAUGUGCAUUUCCAUUGGGUUGUCGUUGUUUCAUCUUUUUCUACUUUGUUUACAACAGGGCGUGGGGAUGGGGAGGGCAGAUUAUUUUUGUUUGUUUGUUUGUUUGUUAUGGUGGGAGGGGGUAAUUUUAAUUGUUUUUAUUUUUUACAAAAGCAGGAUGACCUUUCUGCAACGGUGGUCUCCCCAUAUGCGCUCCAGUUUCCUCACGGGCAGCUUACUGGCGGAGCACUUCCAGAGGGCGCUUGGAGCAUUUUGGGCACACCUCAAUCUUUUGGCCAGGCUGCUCCCGAGUCCUUCUCCUCUCUUCUGAGGUCUUAACCAGUGUUGCAAAAUGGUGGGUUUGUUGGGUCCCUUGGUACUGACGAAACGGUUCCUUGCCUCUCAGGAGAGAAUCUCAUGCAUAGGAAUUGACCAUGAAAGCUCUCAGAAAAUGGAGGUCAGCUGGAAGUGAGUGAAGAAACAAAGAGGAAAGAGUAAGAGGGUUGGAGCACGAAGUUGUUUUACACAAGAUCGGUUAAGAUGUUUCUUGAGAUCCUGUGAUGUUCCCUCAGGUUUCCUUGAGCAUCCUGGAGAAACCAAAAGCACCAAUAGUAUUGUCUCAACAAGGAGAAGGAUCAGGCCUUAGCAAGGACCUGGAAUCCAAAAGCCACACGGGAAGUCCCUCUAGAUCUCAUUCAUCCACCUCAUUCAUGCUCCUCAGCAUGGCUCUCAGACUUACAUGUCAAACUUGAGUGUUGGUAGGUGGAAGAUGGACUAUCUCCUGCAGCUCAGCCCUUUCCUCUUUGACUUGGCAAAGGUCAAGAACAUGGAGAAAGCUUUGGAGAGUUCAGGAGCCUUCUAAGGAGAAAUGUCAGGUGGGAAACUAUCACCCAACUUAGCUCCAUUUCUGCAUGGAUGGUGGCCAUCAAUAGGGGUUUCAAGGAAGCUUUGACAAAAGAGUGGUUCAGACAUCAAGAGAAACCAUGGUUUUUUCGCUAUGUGAAUGAGAAGCAGUGCUCUUCAAGCUUGUGAACUUUUCUCCCCCUUCUUUCUUGAGGAAAUGGUUGAAAGCUUUGAUUUUAAGCUCAUUUUAAGGUAAUAACUCCUUCCCAUAUGUGCACACAGCAUUUCUUGCUUAAACUAUGGUUAGUGAGGACAAGGGACUGAGACAUAGCUUCAGAACCUGGCUUGAUCUGAAACUCCAGAUUGAACAAAUCACAGUUUCCUAAGCCUGGAUGUCAUGGGGAGCUGUAGUUUGCUUAAAUAUGGCUCCCGAUAACUGUCAUUUGGAAAUUUGGUUUCAGAACCUAGUUCAUUCUGAAUCUAGAGUUUUAAUUCUAACCCUCCAAUAUUUGCAGGAAGUUGUCAUUAAGUUUGUGUUUUUAACAAACUACAGCCAAGAUCUUGUGUUAAGGAGAUGGAGCAUGGAGUUACAUACCAAAAUCCAUCAUGAAGUUACAUGGUUGUUACAUAACUACGCCUCACUAGUGAAUGGAGCUGUUGCACAACCAAAUGUGCAGGCAUGUAUAAUAUGCAUGCAGCCAUGCACAACCAGUGUAUAUAUAGCUCUGGUCCAUAAUCAUGAGCUAAAUAUGGCCAAACCACACCUGACAAAAUGUCCAACCACUUCUAUAGAGGAACAUAUGCAUGUCUAAGACCUCAACAAGAUCUUGGUCCAUGGGUCCCCACAGGGGGACAUAAUUGGAAACCGUGGUUUGCUUAAAAGCAGAAACAAAAAAAAAAUCUCCAUCUCCUCUCCGUGGCUUGUUCACCUAACAGAAAACCAUGAGUUCCUUUCAUUUCUGAACCAGGCCUCUUUAGACAGGGAAACAACCUUUGCUGGACCACCCCAAGCUGUUAGGAGAAGUUAGAUGCAAUACAUUUUGCCUUGCAGACUGUCGGUCCCACUCUUUCACCAGAGGUCUUUGGGCUCCGCUGCCUGCCUUCUCCUUAGAGGAGAACUUGGGUGCUGGGUUCUUUGCACAGGGGAGCAAGUUAGCUUUGCACUAAAGCUGCCCUCACCUAUCUUCCCAAUGUGAGCCUGAUUCGUUCUACUGGGUGCUGCUGGUUUUUGGGGGAGAGGAGCCUGGGAGCUGUCCUCACCAGCAGAAAGACACACAACACACAAACACACACGCAUACAAACACAUCUACCUGAUCCAUUCCACUGUGACAUAGGAGGGCCAUUUCCUAGUUUUCUCCGUUGGCCAAAUUUAGGCACCGUACUGUGGCCUUGCUGGGUUAGUGAAGACCUGUCCUCUUUCUUGACAGGGUGACCUUUCCUUUCCACCUUUAAACCAGCAAAGAUGUUCCAACCGUACUCUCAGUGUGCCCUUGGAGCAGCGCAUCCCUCAGUGUGCUUGUGCAUCACAACUCCUCGGUCACAUCUCCAAACACCUCAUCCAAUCUUAGCCUGCACCUUCAACUCUCUUCCGGCACUCAUCCUCACCAUUUUCUUUGUUGGAGAGCUUGGGGCCAAGACUGGAUUGCCAAAAUUCCAUUAAACAUAGCAAUAAUAAAAUGCCAGGCGCUAGGCCCUGGCACUGUUCAACACUGUGAUGGAGUUGUGCAUGGGCACCAUGUGGGAAAGGAGAGCUUCCGUGAGAGGUCCUAGAAUUUAGCAUAACACCCUCAAAAUGCACACCUUUUCUGAAAUAGGUUUGGAAUGGGGUCCUUUCACAACACACCAUCAAUUCCCAAACUUUGGUCCUAUGUGUGCAUUGGACUUCAACUGGGUUAUUGACUGUUGGCCAAGCUGGUUGGGGUUCUGGGUGCCGAAGUCAAAAACCUUAAUGGACCACUGUUUGAGAACCACCACACUGUGCAGUUAGAGCUCAGUGAUUCUGCUUUAACUAACAUGGCAACAUCCUAUGGAAUCCUGGGAUUGGCAGGUUAGGGAGCGACAUUUAGGAUCCUCAUCUGGAGAACUGUAUAGCCUUGCUGUUGUCAUUGUUGUAUGUGCCUUCAAGUCAUUUCUGACUUAUGGGGGCUUUAAGGCAAACCUAUCGUGGGAU